AUCCUUCUAGCUUCGAUCUCUAUAUACCUCUGUAUGUGAGUGAGGCCAAUGAGAGCCCUCGUAGUCGUAAGUUUCGCUUCGGCGUGCUUGCUGCUGCUGUUGCAGCUCGCAGGAGCGUCGCAUGUCGUCUACAACUACAAGGACCUCGAAGCCGAGGCUGCUGCGGCGACGGACCAGGUGCCGCCGUCCAUCGUCAACCCCCUGCUCAGGACGGGGUACCACUUCCAGCCCCCCAAGAACUGGAUCAAUGAUCCCAACGCGCCCAUGUACUACAAGGGGUGGUACCAUUUCUUCUACCAAUACAAUCCCAAGGGCGCCGUAUGGGGCAACAUCGUGUGGGCGCACUCGGUGUCGCGAGACCUCAUCAACUGGGUGGCGCUAGAGCCGGCGCUCAGACCAAGCAUCCCGGGCGACAGGUACGGCUGCUGGUCCGGGUCGGCGACGGUGCUGCCCGACGGCGGCGGCCCGGUGAUCAUGUACACGGGCGUGGACCACCCGGACAUCAACUACCAGGUCCAGAACGUGGCGUACCCGAAGAACGUGUCGGACCCGCUGCUCCGGGAGUGGGUGAAGCCCUCGCACAACCCCGUCAUCGUCCCCGAGGGCGGCAUCAACGCGACGCAGUUCCGCGACCCGACCACGGCCUGGCGCGGCCCCGGCCCCGAGCAGUGGCGGCUGCUCGUGGGCAGCGCGGCGGGGUCGUCGCCCCGCGGCGUGGCGUACGUGUACCGCAGCCGCGACUUCCGGCGGUGGAGGCGGGUGCGGCGGCCGCUGCACUCGGCGGCCACGGGGAUGUGGGAGUGCCCCGACUUCUACCCGGUGAGCAAGGGCGGCGCGCCGCGCGCGGGGCUCGAGACGUCCGUGCCGCCCGGCCCAAGGGUGAAGCACGUGCUCAAGAACAGCCUCGACCUCCGGCGGUACGACUACUACACCGUGGGCACGUACCACCCGAGGGCCGAGCGGUACGUGCCGGACGACCCCGCCGGCGACGAGCACCGCCUGCGCUACGACUACGGCAACUUCUACGCGUCCAAGACGUUCUACGACCCGGCCAAGCGGCGCCGCAUCCUGUGGGGCUGGGCUAACGAGUCCGACUCCGCCGCCGACGAUGUGGCCAAAGGCUGGGCUGGAAUCCAGGCGAUUCCAAGGACGGUGUGGCUGGACCCCAGCGGGAAGCAGCUGCUGCAGUGGCCUAUCGAGGAGGUGGAGGCGCUGAGAGAAAAGUCGGUCACUCUCAAGAACAGGUUAAUCAAGGCAGGACAUCACGUCGAGGUGACCGGGAUACAAACGGCACAGGCUGACGUGGAGGUGAGCUUCGAGGUGUCGCCGGCGGCCCUGGCCGGUGCCGAGACGCUGGACCCGGCGCUGGCCUACGACGCGGAGAAGCUGUGCGGCGUGAAGCGCGCGGACGUGAGGGGCGGCGUGGGGCCGUUCGGGCUGUGGGUGCUGGCCUCCGCCAACCGCAAGGAGAGAACCGCCGUGUUCUUCAGGGUGUUCAAGCCCGCCGCCGGCAGCGACAAGCCCGUGGUGCUCAUGUGCACCGACCCUACCAAGUCGUCCCUGAACCCGAACCUGUACCGCCCGACAUUUGCAGGAUUUGUCGACACGGACAUCUCGAACGGCAAGAUAUCCCUGAGAAGCCUGAUCGACCGGUCGGUCGUUGAGAGCUUCGGAGCCGGGGGCAAGACCUGCAUCCUCUCCAGGGUCUACCCGUCGCUGGCCAUCGGCAAGGACGCUCGCCUCUACGUGUUCAACAACGGGAGGGCGCACGUCAAGGUGUCCCGUCUCACCGCGUGGGAGAUGAAGAAGCCGGUCAUGAACGGGGCCUGAAGAUCUUGAAUAAAUAUAUCACCCAUGCAUGACAUAGUGGCGCCUGAGGAAUCUUUCCUUUUUUUAAAAAACAUAUUUUAGAUGUCGUUUAUUAAGAGUUGAUUGUCCAUACUAAAGGGCGCCCCGUUAUAUGUUACAAUGGUACCAGCUGCACUUCUAGUAACAAAGACAAAUUGACUAUUUGUUGUUCA